ACAGAAAACAGACUCAAACUCUUGCGAGUAGAUCGGGAAAGAGAAGAGAAAAGUAGUCGGAAGAGUGUAUUCUUUACAUCUUCAAAUGGGUGCUUCGCAAUCAAUCACAGAAAAUUGCAUCCAUGAAUUCACAGUCAAGGAUGCCAGGGGCAAAGAUGUGAACCUCAACGCCUACAGAGGGAAAGUUCUUCUUGUAAUCAAUGUUGCAUCUAAAUGUGGAUUUGCUGAUGCCAAUUAUACCCAGUUAACUCAGCUUUACACCAGAUACAAGAGCAAUGGUCUUGAGAUAUUGGCAUUUCCAUGCAACCAAUUUUUGAAGAAAGAGCCAGGGACUAGCCAGGAGGCGCAGGAGUUUGUGUGUACAAGAUAUAAGGCUGAGUAUCCCAUUUUUGGGAAGAUACGUGUCAAUGGAUCAGAUGCAGCACCUGUCUACAAAUUUCUCAAAGCACAGAAAUCUGGAUUUUUGGGGCCUAGGAUUAAAUGGAAUUUCACGAAGUUUUUAGUCGAUGAAGAAGGGCGUGUCAUCCAGCGUUAUAGCCCAACCACCAAACCUUUGGCCAUUGAAAAUGACAUCAAGAAGGCAUUGCGGGUGGCUUGAAAGACUCCACAAUUAUUUCAAACCAUUGCUCGUGUUGAAGUUAUCUGAAACCAAAAGAGAAA